UUCAGCUGAAAAGUACUCCUAUGAUCUCUUUCCUGUGAGAAGCUCUGUGAAGACCUGGUUCUCUCCAGAAACGAUUGCACCCAAGAAGUCCUUCACCUCAAAGCACUUGCCAGGCCAGACGAUGCCCAUUGAAUCUGGGCAAGCCUUAAUCCUGCUGCCUUCACUGGCAAAAACAGAGGGAUCUCUUUUCUCUGGAUUAGAUGCUAUCCCUGAUGGGCAUCUCUCUAAUCCUGAAGUAGCCCGCCAGCUUUUCAGACAGUAGUAUCGUUACCAAGGUUGUUCUGGGCCCCAGGAGACUCUGAGACAACUUCGGAAGCUCUGUUUCCAGUGGCUGCAACCAGAAGUUCACACCAAGGAACAGAUUCUAGAGAUCCUCAUGUUGGAGCAGUUCCUGACAAUUCUUCCUGGGGAGAUCCAGAUGUGGGUGCGGAAACAGUGUCCUGGUAGUGGAGAGGAGGCAGUAACCUUGGUGGAGAGUUUGAAGGGAAACCCCCAGAGGUUGUGGCAGUGGAUUAGCAUCCAUGUUCUAGGGACAGGAAAUCUUACCAGAAAAAGGGGGAAUCAGCAAGAUUUCAAGUUGGGGAAAUAGAAACCAAUUAUUGAAGAGGAGCCCUCAGAGCUGGGACUUCAGAAUUCAUCUUCUAGCCCUGAAAAUUCACUGAGCCACAUAGUGAAAGAGGAGUGUGAUGCAGAGCAAGAAUUAGUGGUGACUGCUUCUCAACUUCCUACUCAACCUAAUGAAAGCUUCAUUAGGGACCAGGACAUUGGAACGUCACUUCUCCAAAUGACUCCUCAGGAACAGUGGAGGCAACUGGAUUCCACUCAAAAGGUAGCACUACUGGAUCUCAUGCAGGAGACCUAUGGAAAAUGGUCUCAGGAGCUAGAGAGCCUAGAGGAAAUUGACAGAUUUCUGGGAAAAUAUAACCUCCCAAAACUGAAUGAGGAAGAAGUAGAAAGCCUAUACAGGUCAAUCACAAGACAUAGACGGGAGAAUGACAAAGAGAACCAAAACUUGGAAAACUAUAGGGACCAGGAACUUCUGGAAGCCCCCUAUCAAGAUUCAGGAGAAGCACCUGCUCAGACUUCCUUAAGUGACCUUUUCAGAGAGGACGAAACAAGAUGUUGUGGAGGAGAACAUACUACCCAAACUCAGGAAAGUCUUCAGGGUGAAGGAUCAGGGGAACAGCUCCCUUCUCAAGAAAGGAAUUCUGGGAAACAAUUAGACCUUCAUGUGCCUACUCCUAAUCCAGAAGAAUUAGCCAUGUUAUGGCUGGAGGAAAAGAGAGAGGUCUCCCUGAAAGGGCAGCUGAGAUCACCCAUGGCCCAGAAAUUCCCUACCUGUAAGGAGUGUGGAAAAACUUUUUAUAGGAAUUCUCAGUUGGUUUUUCACCAAAGAACUCACAUUGGUGAGACAUACUUUCAGUGCCCGACCUGCAAAAAAGCUUUUCUGAGAAGUUCAGAUUUUGUGAAACAUCAGCGAAUACACACAGGAGAGAAGCCCUGUAAAUGUGACUACUGUGGGAAAGGCUUUAGUGAUUUCUCUGGAUUGCGUCAUCAUGAGAAAAUCCACACAGGAGAGAAACCCUAUAAAUGUCCUAUCUGUGAAAAAAGUUUUAUUCAAAGAUCAAACUUUAAUAGACAUCAGAGGGUUCAUACAGGGGAAAAACCAUACAAAUGUUCGCACUGUGGGAAAAGUUUCAGUUGGAGCUCAAGCCUUGAUAAGCAUCAGAGAUCCCAUUUAGGAAAGAAGGCUUUUCCUUAAGCCACGUCUCUUCCUAUAUUCUAUUAGUUGUUUUUUUUAAAAGUACUUCGCUUCAUCUGCAAACUUUUCAUUUCUUUGAGGAUUUUUUCUUUUAACGGAUUAGAGAGAAGAUAAUAUGAAUUUAGUGUUGGAAUUGGAGGACAUGUUGGCAUCUGAAUUGGAUUUCAUACUGAUUUACUUUAUUGAUUUCAUAUGAACAAAUAAUUUUCUUCUUUCAUUUUAUCUCUUGGAACCUUGGAAAAAGCAUCAUGAGCUGAUGAUAGUUUAGAAAUGCUAUCUCGAAGGAGUUUAUCUGAUCUAGUUGCAAUUCCUUUUCACAAGAACUACAUCGGCCCUUAGGAACUAGGG